AUGGCUUCCAAUGAUGAAGAUAUUAAAAUCAUUCCGGGUACAGAAUUUGUAGUGGACGGAUUUAAGUACAAACAUAAAUAUAGUACUUUCUUUCUCACUCACUUUCACUCGGACCACUAUGCUGGUCUGAUUAAAACGUGGUCGCAUGGAAUUAUAUUUUGUACCAUUCCAACAUGUAAUCUUGUCAAGAAACAAUUCUCAAUUGCUGACAAGUAUCUUCGACCUUGUGAAUUUAACAAAACCUAUGAACACAAGGAUGUCAAGUUUACUUUCCUGGAUGCCAAUCAUUGCCCUGGUAGCAGUCUUAUUCUUUUUCAAGUUCAGGAAACUGGAAAAGCUUAUUUGCAUACAGGUGACAUGCGUUUUGAUCGAUCCAAAAUGUUGAAUUGUGAAGAAUUGCGACCCUACAUGAGAGAUGAAAUACUAGACAUGGUUGAACAAAACAGUAAUGGAGCUAGCUCUUCUUCUCGACCCCCAAAAAAGUUUCUUGACUCGAUAUUCAUUGAUACAACCUACUGUGAUCCAUAUUAUACGUUUCCAAAACAAGCUGAAGCCAUUGACUUUAUUUCUGAUCUCGUUGCAAUGAAAUUGAACAACACAUCCAAGUCUUAUCUCAUUUUAAUCGGAACCUAUUUAAUAGGAAAGGAAAGAAUAGCUGAAGGUAUUAGUAAGAAAACAGGAAAGAAAAUAUUUGUGACUUUUGAAAAGUUCAAAACGUUAGAAUGUCUAGCUCUACCUUACAUGAACAUUUUUACCAUGGACAUUUCACAAACCAAUAUCCACGUUGUAAAUAUGAAAGAUAUCUCAUGGAAGAGGCUUUUUCAAAUACGAGCUUCCAAUAAGAAUGUUGACGAAAUUGUUGCCAUCAAGCCCAGUGCAUGGUGUUUCAAAGAGAUGGACAUUCCAACAUCCAUGCCACUCGACGGAUCCAUUCCAGAGGUUCCAGUGAAGGCAACUCGAAACAACAACAUCACACUCGUCGAAGUACCCUAUAGUGAGCAUUCCAGUUUUACAGAACUGCGAGAUUGUGUUGAGACGUUCAACUUUACCAACUUGGUUCCUACGGUCUACACGGAUCCACAUCAUAAGGCAAGAAUUAUUGAAAUGUUAUCUGAUGAUUUCAAAUAUACACCUAUCACUGUGAAAUUUACAUUACCAGAAGUUGUAUUAAUGGAAAAAAACGUUUCUUCGUCAUCCAAGUCCUCAACACCAAAGAGAGGUAAAAAGAAAGAAGUUCCAAAGAAGGACGAAAAACAGAAACCAAUUUCACUCUUUUUCAAAGCCAAGAUGAAAAAAGAAGUGAAACCUAUCAGCGCCGACGUGCUGAAUGCUGUAGUUUCGACACCAUCAUCCUCUACACCCCAAAAACAAGAGUAUACUCUCGAUCUCGAUGAUUUUGAUUUUGAUGAUUUGGAAGAAAUAAUGGAUGACGAUCAAAUCGCUGAGAGCAUUGAUGGUUCUGCUCAAAAACCUUCUCCAUCUGUAUCGGCUUCUCCAAUGUCACUCUCUGCUACACCACUCUCAAACACAAGCAGGAGUAUGCCGUCACUAGAUAUUGAACCGAUUGUUGUUGAUGAUGAUUUUAGAGAUGGAAGCCAAUUUGUCAUGCUGUUUGAAAGUUCACCCAUGACUGUGGAUUUUUCACCAAUUUGCAUUGACAGCCAAGAGGAUGACGUGACACUUAAUCCAGUGCCCAAAUCUUCAAACCCUUUCCUCAAAAACUCAAAAACCUCAACAACAAUAUCAUCAGCUUCCUCCACCACUCCCCCUUUCAACAAUAAUCAAAAGUCAAAACUCAAACUCAAGAGGAAAUCAACACCCUCUGGUUCCUCAAGUGAGACCAAAAAGUCUAAACCCUCUCCUCCUUCAUCCUCUUCGACGUCACCUCAAUCAAGCAUUCUAUCCUUCUUUGCACCUUCUUCGUCAAAACCAAUAGCGAUCAAUGAGGUCGUGGAUGCGUCAGGGAAUAUCAUCUUGUCCAUUGAUGACGACGAUGACGUUUUGUGA